AUUUAUUGCCCAAAGCAACAAAGGGUGAUUGAGCAGCAGCAACACCCACAAACUAAAGUGAUGAUUGAGCAGCAGCAACACCCACAAAGUAAAGCAGCCAACAUGAAGUCCAACUGCUUGCUUGCUGUCACUGUCACCUCCUCACUCACUUUCUACAUUUGAUUUACUUCAACACAACGCACACUUCCACUUCAGCUUCUGGACUAUUAGUACCGUAGAAGGCUACUCCACCACAGGCUGCCAUGGAUAACUUCUCAGCGCAUGCAUGUUAUCAUGAGGGCGAUGGAAUACACUCAAGCAACACAAACCCACAUGAACAUGAUCUGUUCCACGAGGACGCAAAGGGCCUUCAGCAGUCCAGUCAGCCAUGGUGGAGGAUCAAACUUUUUGUUUGGGAGCCGGUUCUCUUCGGUACCUGGGAUGGUGUCUUUACCACGUGCAUGAUUAACAUCUUUGGUGUCGUCCUGUUUCUGCGCACAGGCUACUUGGUGUGUCGCUGGACUCUUUGUGUCAUUUUGCAGGGGAACACAGGCGUGCUGCUCGCACUGCUGCUGGUCUCCAUGGUGGUGGUCUUUGCUUUGGUCACAGUCAUGUCUGGGAUUGGCGUGUGCCAGCAUUGUGGGGUGGGAAGUGGAGGUGUGUACUCCAUGGUGUCUAUGGUCUUAGGAGGCCGAGUCGGGGGGACUGUGGGUCUCCUCUACGUGUUCGGACAGUGUGUGGCUGCUGCCAUGUACAUCACUGGCUUCUCCGAGUCGGUGGCCGAGCUGCUUGGUCUUCAGAACCAGUGGGCGGUGAGAGGUGUAUCAGCCCCGGUGCUGCUCGGCCUGCUGGGAAUCAACCUGGCCGGUGUCAAGUGGAUCGUGCGACUCCAGUUGCUGUUGCUGGCGGUGCUGGCUGUCUCCACUCUGGACUUUGUCAUUGGCACCUUCACGCACCUGGACCCGGAACAUGGCUUCAUGGGUUAUUCCUUCGCCCUGCUCAACCGCAACACGCUGCCAGAUUACAGCCCGGGAGAAGACUUCUUCACCGUGUUCGGGGUGUUCUUCCCCGCCGCCACAGGGGUGAUGUCAGGCUUCAAUAUGAGCUCCGAUCUGCAGCGGCCUGAACACAACAUCCCUGCGGGAACGCUGGCAGCGGUCUUCACCUCGUGGUUCCUGUAUCUGGUCUUCGUCUUCCUCCUCGGGGCCAUCUGCACCAGAGAAGCUCUGCGCUAUGACUUUUUGAUUGCUGAAAAGGUCUCCUUGCUGGGUUUCCUCUUCCUGCUGGGCCUCCACGUGUCCUGCCUGGCGUCUGCCAUGGCCGCCUUGUACGCCGCACCCCGGGUCCUGCAGUGCCUCGCUCACCAGGGGGUCGUCCCUGCCUUGGCCUUCCUGGGACCAGGGCGAGGUCCAAACAAGACUCCGGUGGCCGCCAUCGUUCUAACCAGCCUCCUGAGCAUGGCCUUCAUUUUCAUCGGCCAGGUCAACGUUCUGGCACCCGUGGUCACCAUCAACUUCCUGCUCACCUACAGCUUCAUCGACUACUCCUUCUUCUCUGUGACUAUGACCUCCCAGUUGCAGAAGGAAGACCGAAGCAACAUGGCCACGACCUGCCGACAGCCGGGGUCCAGCAGACGAAGCUGCAGGCCUCUGAUUGAGGGCGCCGCUCCAGACUAUGGCACCAGAGGAGAAAGUCCACCGAGUAAAAGCACUUUGAUGGAGUUCACCAAGGACAUGGAUCACAUCUUUCCCUCGGUCUACAACGGAGACGCUGGAUUUGAGAAGACUAUGCGAGGACAAAGGGGCAGAGAGGCGACGGCCAAACAGAAGUUGUUGAGUAGCUUCGCCUUGGGACUCAAUAGCGAUCUGUCUGAAGAAGACCAAGCAAAUUCUCAGGAAGAACCCGAGGUGGGCCAAACCUGUACCCCCCAUGUUGAACAAGAUCCCUCUUCUGGGCCUCACAGCGAAGCCCCGGGAAGAAAAGCGGAGCAGCAGAAUGAAAAAGUCGAACCCCGACCUGAGUCUUCCUACGCAAAGUUCAGCAACCACUGGGUCGCUCUUAUCGGUGCACUGAGCUCCUUGCUGAUCAUGUUCGUUAUUCAGUGGGUUUAUGCACUGGCAAACAUCCUUGUCGCCCUGCUGCUCUUCUUCUACAUCGGCAAAACAAGUCCUGGACUACACAGAGGUGUUGCAGCUCCAUUCAGUUUCUUCACGUGGACGAACUCAACAUUAAACACCAUUUGCAGAAGAAGGGCGUCUCCCAGAGAUGAGACCGUGGUGACACCCUCGCUGUCAGGGCUCGGUCUUCAAACCAAGCAGCUGACCGAGGAAAAUGCCGACUUUUCAUCUCGCCGCCGCUACCACCAGUCCUCGUUCAUCAGGGCGGACGAUAUGGUGGUACCACCACAUGAGUAACUAAAACAUCAUGAUUGCUUUUGAGGAAUACUACUUUUUUUUUUUUGCAUGUCACAAAGUGUACUAUUGGCUAUCUAAAGUUGACUACACUUUUAUUUUAAUAAGAGAAACAUAUAAUACAAUAUAACUACCUUUACGGUUAAAGGCAUGUCAUUUUUAUUGUGUUUGAAAUACACUAUAUUGAUUUGGUUAAACUACAGGUUUAUAUACAGUCGUUGGGUCUUGGAGUUCCAGGUGUACGUCUUUUUUUGAGCGUUUAAAAUUGUACAUCUGCUGGUCCAGGUGUAAAAGGAGAACCAGGUAAAGUUGCAGAUAUCUCUUCUGCAUGGUCACGUGAUCCUGAUGCAAAGAGUUGGAGCCAAUCUAAGGAAAAGCCUGGUUCAUUUUUCAGAAGGUGGUAAGGAUUAGGUCCUAUGAGUACGAUGGUUUCUGUGGGGUCGUGAGGUAGAGGUUUGUUGGGAUUACUGAUCACUUGGACGUGGUAAAAAGCGUGCCUGAGUUUGUAUAGCAUGUAGUAACUCACGAGUAAAAUGGUUGUCCUACCUUCUAAAUCAGAAAGCUCAUUGAAUGUUUUGUUGUCAAAGUUGAGUGGAAUGACAGAUCCAAAGAGAAAGUGUCGGUGGUUCGGUCCUGGAGUUCCAGGUCUUUUUAGGAGAGUUUGGAAUUGUUCAGAUAGAAUAUCUGAAAAUUGCCAGUACAGGUGUAAAAGGAGAACCAGGUAAAUUUGCAGAUAUAUCUUCUGCAUCUUCAUGUGAUCCUGAUGCAAAGAGUAGAGCCAAGCUAAGGAAAAGCCUGGUCCAUUUCUACAAAGGUGGUAAGGAUUACGUGCAGCGGGUACGAUGGUUGUUGUGAGGUAGAGGUUGGUUGGGAUUGUUGAUCCCUUUGACGUGGUCACAAGCACGCUUGUUUACAGUUUGUAGUAGUGCAUGUAGUAUCUUGAGUAAAAUGGUUGUCUUACCUUCUAAAUCAAAAAUCUCAUCGCACUCGUCACCGCAGUUGAGUGGAAUGGCCGAUCCAAAGAAUAGGCAUAAGUGGUUGGGCCCGGGAGUUUCCGUUCUAUGUCUUUUUAGGAGUUGUUCCGAUACAUCUGCUGGUCCAGGUGUAAAAGAACAACCAGGUAAAGUUGCAGACAUCUCUUCUGCAUAUUCACGUGAAGAGUUAGAGCCAAUCUAAGGAAAAGUCUAAUUAAUUUCUAGAAAGGUGGUAAGGAUUAAGUGCAGUGGGAACGACGGUUCCUUCGGGGUUGUGAGGUAGAGGUUU